UGUCAAAAAUGAACUAAUCACUCUCUGGGACAACUCGUUGUUCCUGAGUCAUAUUAAAGAUUCGUUCAAAAUGAACGAAUCGUUCAUGAACGACACAUCACUACCACCUACAGGAGACACCGUGUCACUUUACAUUACACCCAGCCUCAGAGAAGUCAGCCUCAACCCUGUAGUGUAUGCCCUGCCAAUCUAGCACACAAAAGCAAUGUAAACACUUGGUAAUCAAUUUUAGUGACACAUUAACAUUACUAAACAUAACUACCGGGAAAUGAAGUUAAAGUCCAUCCCGUAUCUACUCAGAAGAUUACAAAUUUAUAACUGGUGAUGAUGAUUCUCAGUGUGAGUGUGCUGCUGCUGCUGCCACUGGUAUGUUCACAGCUCCAGGGCUGGAUAAACUCUCCUGAUCAUCCACUGGCAUAUCCUAACAACAGCAAAAUGAACUGGACUCAGUGUGCUUCUCCAGGCUUCACUGUAUCUCUCACCCUCAUUCACCUGGACCUGGAGAACAGUGCACAGUGUGAACAUGAUGCUCUCAUGAUAUUCACUGGCAAGGAACUGUUCAAGUCUCUGUGUUCCAACAUGUCCUUUAUGGAGAUGCAGUCUUCUAUCAAUCCUCAUAUUCACUCUGCUUCUGGAGGUUGUUUAUCCAUUUAUUUCUAUUCAGAUGACUCACUCCCAGAGGUUCAUACUGGAUUCAAUGCCUUUUACCAAAUCCAAGAUGUUGAUGAAUGUGCAACGCAGAGUAAUCCAUGCAGCCAUUUCUGCAACAACUUCAUCGGAGGAUUCCGUUGCAGCUGUCCACAUGGAUAUCUUCUUAAUCACAACAACCGCACCUGUGAUGCAAUUAAAUGUGGGCCCCCUGAACCCUUGCUGAAUGGACAUGUGAAAUUUGUUAAAGGUUCUAAUAAUGAAUACCUAUCAGUCAUUGAGUAUCACUGCAAUAAACCAUUUUACAUUUCCAUGGGAAAACAAAAUGGAAACUACACAUGUGGUGCUACCCAAAUAUGGAGGAAAACUGGCUAUAAUAUAUCAUGUCAUUAUGUAUGUGGUCACCACACAUUAAAGUCUCAGUAUGGCAGAAUAUUUGGAGGAAAGUCGGCUCCCUCUGGUUCCUUUCCUUGGCAGGUCUAUCUUCUUAAUAAGGAGAAUAGAGGAGGGGCAAUUAUCAUUGGAGAAAAAUGGUUAAUGACUGCAGGUCACAACUUGGUGAAUCAUGGUACUACAGUCCCCACAGAAAAGGAACACAUUAAGGUAUAUGCUGGUCAUAAUAAUGUAAACCAACUGGACAGGUUUAUUGCCCUUAGUAUUUCAUCAGUGCUUGUACAUCCAAACUACACUACAGAGUAUGACAAUGAUAUUGGUCUAAUUAAGCUCAAUUCAAAAAUUACAUUCAGUGAGAAUAUCAGGCCAAUUUGUCUACCACUGAAGCAUGAUGAAAUGAAAACCUACAGAGGGUGGGUGUCUGGUUAUGGCGUGACUGAUCAGCUAACAACUUCCAAUGAACUAAAAUAUGUUGAUAUUUCUACUGUGGACCAAAAGACAUGUAGAGAGUCUUUUGAAAAGAUAAGGAAAACUGACACAAACGUUCUCCAUGUUACAGACAACAUGUUUUGUGCUGGAGAUGUGAUGGGUGGAAAGGAUUCAUGCGCAGGUGAUAGUGGGUCAGCCUUUGUUGUACAAGAAGAAGGUGUACACAGGGCAAAAGGUAUCGUUAGCUGGGGUGUUGUACAAUGUGGCCAACGUGGCAUGUUUGGAGUGUAUACACAAGUAUCACGGUAUCUUGACUGGAUAAAUAAGAUAAUGAGUGAAAAAUAGUGGUAGUUUGUUUGGUCUACUGAUUAUAAGCAAUUAUGAUUGUUGUAGAUAUGGGAUUAUGAAUGGUACUGUUUCUUCUGGUCAUUUACAAUGUUAGAAUAUUAAAACAUUAGAUGUAAUAAUGAGGCAUUAUUGUUCAAUAAUACACUGUACUAUGACUUUAAAGGUUUAAUCUUUUAAAAGUUUUAAAUGUAUAAGAUUUAUUUUUCUAAAGUUCUAGCCAAGUUGACGUGAUUAUUUGUCCAGCUGCCAAAUGCUGUUUUAAAAAGUAUGAAUAAAAUGUAAGCAAAUCA